AUGAUAAUCUCCGGGCGGAACAAUGGUGAGGUGAAGAGCGUAGGUGCGGCCGCCGGACCCUCAGUAUUUGUUGACAAACCGGCAACGCUAUACAGCCGUGAGUGACGCUAGUGUUGCCCCCACGCAGGACUCGGCUCCUCUCUCUCUCUUUCUCUCUCUGUCUGUCUGUCGGGCAAAAGUGACUGUGGAUGGUAGUUUCUCGUCGCAUGGCCGCGGAGUGGGUGUAGUGAGGACAGUGAGUGGGGUGCGGCGGCGCGCGGCUCAGGACAAGUCUAGAAUGCUGCUGAUGGAGAAGAUGUUGCCUCACCUUGGCUAUGUGCAACCCGCCUUCCACGUGCUGAGCCAGCUUGCCAGGCCCGUCCCUCUGCCGCUGGGACAGCAGCUGCCUCCGCUGCCCAGCCUCAACCACUUCGGCAGCCACAAUGGCAUCAAGAUGGGCGGAAUGCCGCCCGCCACCCACGAGGGCGGCCCGCACCCGCUCGCCUUCUCCGUGCUGGGUCGCGGCGGCGGCGGCGGCGGCUUCCUGGAGCGGGCGGGAGGAGACCCCAACGGCGGGCUGCCGGCCGGCCUCCCAUCGCCCUACGAUCGAGACGACGACAAAGAUCUCGACGACGCUGACGGCGACGCGGCGGCGAAGCGGCGGCGGUCGCGCACCAACUUCAACUCGUGGCAGCUGGAGGAGCUGGAGCGCGCGUUCGAGGCGUCGCACUACCCCGACGUGUUCAUGCGGGAGGCGCUGGCCAUGCGCCUCGGACUCACGGAGAGCAGGGUCGCCGUGUGGUUCCAGAACCGGCGCGCGAAGUGGCGCAAGAAGGAGCACACGCGGAAGGGCCCGGGCCGCCCCGCCCACAACGCCCACCCGCAGACGUGCUCGGGCGAGCCCAUCCCGCCCGAGGAGCUGGAGCGCCGCGAGCGCCUCCGCCGCGAGAAGAAGCUGCUCAAGCAGCUGGAGCGGCAGCAGCGCAAGCUGGCGCUCAAGGGCGUGCACGUCAGCCUCGAGCAGCUGCGCCGCGAGUACGAGUCGCAGCACAAGCCGGAGCCCGAGAUCGACGUGGUGGGCGACGCCGACGACUCGGACGACACGCGCGACUACGCCGACGAAGGCCCCGGCGGCGACUCGUCCUCGUCCUCGCGCGAGCCGCCCGCCUCCACGCCCACGCCCGCGUCGCCCAAGAGCCCGCCCACCACCACCACGGCCGCCACGCCGCCGCCCAAGCGCCCGCGCCCUUCCACCUUCUCCAUCGCGUCGCUGCUGUCGCUGUCGGAGCCGGCGGGCGAGGGCGCGGCGCCCCCGCCCGCCCCGCCGCCGCACGACCCGCCCGCCAGCCCGCUCUCCCACGCCCCCGCGGCCGCCCUCGGGCCGCGCGACGCCGCCUCGCCCUCCGCCCACGCCGCCCACGCCUCGCCCGCCCACGCCGCCUCCCCGUCCAUGGCGCUCGGGGGGGCGGCCUCCCCCUCCCCGCGGGACGGCGACGGGGGCCGCGCCCACCUCCUGCCGGCGCUCUCGCUGCCCGCCUCCAUCAGCGUCAGCGUCCGGAGACCCACGCCGCUGCCCUCGCCCGACGGGCGCUAG